CAACAAACGAAGAUUUCAAUUGUUCCAUCCGACUUGCUGUAUGCCUUAGGAAACCCCGCCUAUUUUACAGGAAGUAACUGUCAAACUGGCGGUGCUCAAUGACUGUGCUACAUCUGUUGAUAAUCAGAGAAGUAGCUAGAUAGGGGAAAUAACGGUACACUUUUCAACAAACUCACAUAAAACAAUAAUGGAAAGUGUACCCGCGCCGUUACGGUGCUUCGGCGAAUGUCACGCCGCGGAGAAAUACACCGAUGACGAAGUGGAGACGGUGACUUCCGUAGAACAGAGAAAAGUCGAAUGCAGUAUUCAAGAAGUAAUCAGUGUUUACAAGCAGAUACACAGCUUACCGCACACCACCGCCUCUGUUUUCACCACCAUGACCGAGCCCACUCUAUUGAGGGACCAACACUACCAGUACCUGAAGAAAGGAUUACGUCAUCUCUCCGAUGCUUACGAGUGUCUGGACGCCAGCAGGCCUUGGCUGUGCUACUGGAUCCUACACAGUCUGGAGCUGCUGGAGGAACCUGUGCCAACCGCCAUCGCCUCAGA